AACUAACUAACUAACUAAAUUACUAUUUUUUUUGAAAAUUAAAUAAAAACUAAUAUUAAUGAUUAAAAAAAUUUCAAAUUUAAACUUCACUCUCAAGUAAAUUCCUUUUUUUAAUUUCUCAGUUUAAAAUUAAAAAGCUGUUUUAUUUCCUGGACAUGGAAUAGGUCCUGAAAUUUCUUAAUCAGUUUGUGAUAUUUUUAGUGCUAUAAAAGUUCCUAUUGAAUGGGAAACACAUGAAAUUUAUACAAAACCUAUUAAUGAAUAAGGAGAUUUGAUAAAAGAAGAAUCUCUAUAAGCUUGUUUAAAUUACAAAUUUGGUUUAAAAGGUCCUUUUGAAACACCUAUUGGUAAAGGUUAUAGAUCUCUUAAUAUUACAAUGAGAAAAAAAUUAAAUUUAUUUGCAAAUGUAAGACCUUGUAGAAGUUUAGAAGGUGUCAAUACACCUUAUAAAGGGGUAAAUUUAGUUACUAUUAGAGAAAAUACUGAAGGAGAAUAUUCGGGUUUAGAACAUGAAGUUGUUCCAGGAGUUGUUGAAAAUCUAAAAAUCAUAUCAAAACCAGCAUGCUAAAAUAUUGCUCGUUAUGCAUUUGAGUUUGCUAAAAAAAAUAAUAGAAAAAGUGUAGUAGCUUGUCACAAAGCUGGAGUAAUGAAAAAAGGAGAUGGCUUAUUUAUCUAAACAUGCAAUGAAAUUUCAAAAGAAUAUCCUGAAUUAAAUUACAGAGAAGAAUAAAUCGAUACUAUAUGUAUGAAAUUAGCUAAAAGCCCUGAAAACUAUGACGUAAUGGUUAUGCCUAAUUUAUAUGGCGAUAUAGUCUCUGAUUUAUGUGCUGGAUUAAUAGGAGGAUUAGGAUUAACGGCUUCUGGAAACAUCUCACACGAAUGUGCUGUUUAUGAAGCUGUACAUGGUACUGCUCCUGAUAUUGCAGGUAAGAACUUAGCUAAUCCUACUGCACUUAUUCUUUCCUCUGUUAUGAUGUUAUAAGCUAUGGGAUUCAGAAAAGAAGGAGAUGCUAUAUAAAAUGCUGUUAUUAAUACUUUGUAAUAAGGAAAAUAUAGAACAGGUGAUUUGGGUGGAAAGACAACUUGUUCUGAGUAUACUAAAGCUUUAAUAGGAAAUAUUCAACUUUGAAAAAAAUAUAAAAAUGCAUGUUUUUGUGUUUCUUUAUAUUUUAUUUUUUACUUCCUUUC